AUGAAGACAAAAACGCCAUUGAAGCAGCUCAAGCUCUCUGUUCCUGCUCAAGAAACACCCAUCACCUCAUUCCUGACUGCAAGUGGUACAUUCCAUGAUGGGGAUCUGCUUUUGAAUCAGAAAGGGAUGCGUCUCAUUUCUGAAGAAAAAGAAUCAAGGCCUUCUGAUGCUAAGGAUCUCGAAUUUGACUUCACGUUGGACGAUCUUGAGACUGUCAAAGUAAUUGGAAAAGGCAGCGGCGGUGUAGUGCAGCUCGUUCGCCAUAAGUGGGUUGGAAAAUUGUUUGCUUUAAAGGUAAUUCAGAUGAAUAUACAAGAGGAUAUUCGGAAACAGAUUGUUCAGGAACUGAAAAUAAACCAAGCAUCACAGUGUCCACAUGUUGUAGUUUGUUACCAUUCAUUCUAUCAUAAUGGUAUUAUAUCUCUUGUACUGGAAUACAUGGAUCGUGGUUCUCUAGUAGAUGUAAUCAGACAAGUUAAUACAAUUCUGGAACCAUAUCUUGCCGUGGUUUGUAAGCAGGUGUUACAGGGCCUUGUUUACUUGCACAAUGAAAGACAUGUGAUACAUAGAGACAUCAAACCGUCGAAUCUUUUAGUAAAUCACAAAGGAGAGGUGAAGAUUACUGAUUUCGGUGUUAGUGCUAUGCUCGCUAGCUCUAUGGGCCAAAGAGAUACAUUUGUUGGAACUUAUAAUUACAUGUCGCCAGAAAGAAUCAGCGGGAGUACUUACGGUUACAGCUGUGACAUAUGGAGUUUAGGAAUGGUAGUACUCGAGUGUGCCAUAGGACGGUUUCCUUAUAUACAAUCUGAAGAUCAGCAAGCCUGGCCUAGUUUCUAUGAGCUUUUGCAAGCAAUUGUCGAAAGUCCACCACCUUCUGCUCCUCCUGAUCAGUUUUCCCCGGAAUUCUGUUCAUUCGUGUCAUCCUGCAUAAAAAAGGAUCCUCGCGAAAGAUCAACAUCAUUGGAGCUUUUGGAUCAUCCUUUCAUAAAAAAGUUUGAAGAUAAAGAUCUAGAUCUUGGAAUUUUAGUAGGUAGCUUGGAACCUCCUGUAAAUUUUGCCAGAUGA